AUUUUCAAAACAUUGGAUCAAAACCAUCCAUCCAGAGUGUUGAAGACUGACCAAGCAAGGGUUAACGUUGAGAUUUCGCUGCCAAAUUAUACUGCUUCGCCAGUGGUUCCGCGAAUGAUGUUGCCAAUUUCAUGUUUGUUGUCACUUCCCCAACUCCACUAUCCCUAUCGCAGAUGUUUUCACGGUUUCAAAUUAGCUGAUUUUUGGCCACUUUGCGAUUCGAUCAAGUUCUGAACAACCUUGAAACCCUCACAACUUCUAAACUGAAGAUUCAGAAGAACACUUACAGACUUCAAAUCGUUGCACAAAUGGAGUAAAACAACUCUCUCUCUCUCUCUCUCUCUCUCUCUCUCUCUCUAAUAUAUAUAUGUAUAUAUAUACGUGUGUGUAUGUAUGUUGUAAGCUCAUUUUGAGCAUUAGGUUUUGAAACACAACUGAUUAAUGUAAUUGCUGGUGGGAUUGUGGCUAUUAGAAGAAUCGAUUACUAUAAUUUUCUCAUGCUUGGGCAACUAUGUGGUUUUGUUUUUAACCAAAAUGGUGUGAUUUAAUGAGUUCAUUUGAGAUGUUCAACAAAAUUUCAAACAAGACCGGAAGAAAUUUCAAAGUUGGCUUUUUUUUUUUUUCUUCACGAGAUUAGCAUACCCAAGUUGAUGAAUUUGAUGAGAAUAAAUAUAUAUAACAAGUAUAUAAAAUUAUAUGUUUUGCAUGUGUCUAUUUUUUCAUUUUUUGAAAAUUUACGGGUCUGCUGCAGUAUCUGUCUUUAAGACCCGAGAAACAAACAAGAAUUUAUUUUUUGAAAAAUUAUAAAAUAAUAUAUAAGUAAAUUAGGUAGAACGUAAUUGUUUUAAAUUGAAGAAUUGGUAUCAAAUAUGGAUUAUGUAUUUACUAUUAUGCUUAGAGCUGCUGCAUUGUUUCCUCCAUGUUUCCCCCUAAAAUGGUUGAACACAAUCUUCCCUGCUCUUUCCAUCCAUUCCACUGAUGCUUCACCGGGAAAUAGCGUAAACGGUGUUUUGACUUCUUUUAUUCAUUACAUGUCUAUUGGGAGUCAGCUACUCUGAGCAGAGAUGUUCUUGCGGAGAAAACUCAGAAAAUUGUUGGUAUUUUGCAAUUCUGUAAAGUCUUGAGGACUGUAGCUGAAAAUAUGUACAUUCUCCAAAUUGUUGCACGGAUGCUGUAAAACAACCCUCUCUCUCCCUCUGCCACACACACGCAACAUUCAUUGUAUACACAGGUAUGUUACUCGUAUCUUCUAAGAAAAUCUGCUGUGAAAAGAGGGGGACCUUUUCAGUUAAGCUUGCCUUUCUUAAAUUGGAAGUAUAUUUAAGUAAUCCUUUACCUCACAUAUAUGCAUAUUGAUAUGUUGUCAAAUGCAUAAACUUUGCCCAGAAAUUUAACUUCACUGUGAAACAGAGAGUACCAAUUUAGCACGGCUUGCUUCUAUAGAGGUGAAGCUAUAAUUGAGAAAACACUAUGUUACUUAGAACAUGGAUUGUUUCGGUACAUAGAAUGGGAACAGGAAUGUGGUACGCUACAUUAUCUAAAAUGUAGUUUGAUAAGGGUAGACUUGUUUAGAUUACACUCUUAGAAUUUAAGGUACUUGCAGAGUAAUUUUUUUUGAAAAAUUAGACAUCCAAUAAAUGUUGCAUUUUCUUUUCAAAUCAUGUGAGCAUUAUGAUCCAUUUUUUUACGUUUUGUCAUACCAAAACUCUACUCUACUCUCCUUAGAUUUUAGUUUAUUAUAAUUUGAUUUGUUUUUCUGCUAAGGUAACUUUUAAGGUUUAUAUUGGAAAAUAUUUUUGGGAUGGCUUGGGAUUGCCAAAUUCACCGUAUUGGAACAAAAGUGUACAGCAUUUUGGAACAUGCGUUUCAAAACGUAAAUCACUAGAGUAUUGGUGUUUUUUGGCAACGCAGGCUGUCCUUAUCUUUGCCCACUCCCUUUAGUGAUAUUGUUUUGAAAUGGAGAAGAUUAUUACAAUCACUUUGAUUGUGUCAUUGAUGAAUUUAUUACAGUAAUUUUCUCGUACUUGACCAAAAAGGAGGUUUGUUAUAACUAAAUUGGUGACCAUUAAUGAGUAAAUUUAAGAUUCUGACAGAUGUUAAAAUACCAGACUGGAAGACAUUGAAUAUUGCUUGUCUUACUUGACUUGUUUUUUUAUCGUGGUUCAGAGCAUAAACUAGUUAAUUUUGAGCUCUAUCGUAAAUCCCAGAAACGACCAAGAAAAAUUUGUGUGUUACCCAGCUACAGUGUUUCAAAUAGUUUUUGUUCUCAAGCUGAUGAUGCUCUUACCAUUACACUUUGCCUUUUACCUUGGGCGGAGUCUACUAAGCUAAUCUCAUACUGAAACAGCCUGUUUAUAAGCAAACACUAGUUCAAGCCUUCAACCAUUCUGUUUCACAUCCUAGGCUGCCCCUGAUUAAAGUUUCAGUGGCUGAAAUGGAAAGAAUGGGGGCUUCCCAUGGGGGGUGUAGCAGCAGGAGAUGCGAUGUGAGUGGUGAUCCGCAGGAAAAAUGUGGAAAGUAUAUGCAGUACACGACUGAGCAGGUUGAAGUUCUUGAAAAAGUGUUUGCAGAGUGUCCAAACCCAACCUUCUCGCACCAGUGGGAAAUGAUCCGAGACCAUCCAAUUCUUUCCAACAUUGAACCUAAGCAGAUCAAAGUCUGGUUUCAGAACCACAGGUGCCUUGAGAAGCAGAAGAAAGAGGCUACCAACAUUCAGUUAGUGAACAAGAAGUUGACUGCAGCAAACAGGCUCUUGAAGGAAGAGAAUGAUUGCCUUCAGAAACAGGUUUCGCAUCUGGUAUACGAGAAUGAAUACAUGUGGCAGCAACUGAAAAAUGAAUCUCCAGCUACUACCGACACAAGCUGUGAGUUUGCAAUCAACUCUCCUCAACACUCUUUGAGGGCUGCUAAUGAUCCUAAGGCAUGACUCCCAAAUUCUGAGAUUUCUGUUGAAUUAAGAACAUUUAGGAGUCUUAAAUAGUCAAUAAGAGUUGAACCUGUUGUAAGAUCUCUAAGUUUCCUUCUUUAUGGUUUGUCUUCUUCUGCAAUCAAGUGUAGCAAAACAAACUUGUUUUCCUUUAAUAGUUGGAAAUUGUGGAAGGAUUGAUCUUAUAUGGGCAUUAAAGUAGUGCCAGUAUACGUGUACGUGUCGAAAAAUGCUCAACUCCAAACUGCUAAU